GGCACCCAGCCUGUGGACAGCAUGUCUAAGCCGCUGCUGCUGCUUUUGCAGGUCCUGCCGUGUUUUUCCGCUCUGGCUUCAUCAAGCGAUACCGACCGGACGCCACACUUGCCACAUCAUCUCGCCGACAGAAUCACUGCCUACGCAUUGGUGGAUCACCUGCCUCGUGGAGUGACGUCAUCGGCACCAACAGUAUUAAAGGACCAUCGAGACACGGGCCACUUCAGAGGGCACGGCACCCAGCCUGUGGACAGCAUGUCUAAGCCGCUGCUGCUGCUUUUGCAGGUUCGUUUUCAAUAUGAAGUUCCAUGUUUCCGUAGCGACAACCGUUUUCUGUUAGUUCUGCCGUGCCCUCGUAGAUUUUGGCGGAGUGUUGCCGAUUGUUGGUCGAUGUUGCUACUGCUUAUAAUGUCGGGUGAUAUUGAAGAAAACCCUGGGCCAACAACCGCCCAGCUAUUGCAGAUGAUACUAGAUAACCAGACUGCGGCUGAUAGUGGUUUGAAUGACAUCAAGGUUCAAAUUUGCGAACUGAAUGCAAAGAUAAACCAACUAUCCAGUGCACUUGAUGGUAUCCAGGAAAUAAAAACCAGAAUAGAUUCUCUUGAGGAUACCGUGCGGUUACAAGCCAAGAAACUGGUCGAAUACGAAAACAGGAGCAGACGCAACAAUAUUCUCAUUUUUGGUGUCGAAGAAAGUGCCUCUGAAACAGACAGUGAUUUGAAAAAAGUAGUCAUGGAAGAGGUAUUUCAGGACAAAUUGGGCAUCGAGGUAAAGACGAUAGAAAGAAUGCAUCGCCUAGGCAGGAUUAAAGACGGAAAAAGGAGGCCGGUUAUCAUGCGAUUCUAUGACUAUAAGGAAAAGGAGCACGUGAUGAAAAACUGCUACAAAUUGAAGGGAUCCGCCUACUCAGUCAGUAAUGACUAUGCACCAGAAACGGUGGAAAUUCGAAAGAAGUUAUGGGAAAGUGCCGCUUCGGAAAGAGUUAAUGGGGUGAAGGUUUCACUGAUCCAUGAAAAACUGAAAAUAAAAGACAAAUGGUACAUUUGGGACGAAGCACGAGGACAGCGUCGGGAGAUGGUGCAAAGCAGGGACCAAGCUGCCCGAAAAUUGCACUGCUUCUCUGCAGCUACUGCUUCGGAGGGCGCUUCUAAUUCUAAGCAGCACGCAUAGCUACGUCUUCUUUUGUUGAAUGCACGGAGUAUUGCAAAUAAGACCACAGAACUUGAAUCUAUAUUACUCUCUCAUAAUCCACACGUAGUUAUUAUUACAGAGACGUGGUUGAAUAGUUUAGUUCCCAAUGACUGUGUUGUUCCUCCAGGGUAUAAAAUAUUCCGAUGGGAUAGGGGC